AUGAUCUGGCUGAUGCGGCUGAAUCAAUCCGGAAGCGGCAACAGCUUCUGGGCCUGGCUGCUCUACUCGCGGUACUCGCAUCUGCUCCGCAUUGCUGGCAUUGUCACGAUGCUGGUGGGCAUUGCGCACUACAUCGCCUGCGUGUGGAACGUCUUGCUCGAAAAAGGCGGCGACUUGAGUGACGAGUCUGCUUCCUGGCAGGAGCAGUACUCCGCGAGCUUCUACUCCGCGCUGUUGUUGCUACAAGGCGAGGCCGUGCCGACUGAUACUGCUGGUCAAAAUCUGUUCGCGUCGCUCUCUGUCCUUGUGGGUUCCAUCGUACUUGCUGUCAUCUUCGGUCACGUCGCCAUCCUCGUGUCGAAUUUCAACGCGAAUUUCACGAACUACCAACGCAAGAUGGAGGCUGUUUUCGCCAUGACCGCUAAACUCCAACUGCCUCCUUCACUACGAGAGCGUAUCCACGAGUACUACGAGCACUUGUGGCACGAAUACGAGUGUUUAGACGGUGAGAUUGUCCAAUUCUCCAAGGAAUUAUCCCACACGCUCGGACUGGAGGUCGUGCUCUUCAAGUACAUGGAGCUGGUCAUGCACGUCCCCUUCUGGAAGGACUGCACGCCCGAUUUCCAGAAGCAGUUGAUACUGCGGCUCGAUGUACGCGUCUAUCUCCCCAACGACUUCAUUAUGCGGGAAGGCGAGGUGGAUGACGAGUUUUACAUGGUGAACCGCGGCUACUGCGAGCUCAGUCGCGCUCUGCAUCGCUUUGAGCGGAUCUCCAACACCAUGAUUGGACUGACCGGGCGGAGCAACGGUGGCAUGACAGGCCGUCGUCGGUACUCAGGGCUGACUGGAGUGAGUCUCAACGACGGCCAUCGACAGUCGGCGUACGAGCUGGACCCAGCUCAGCGUCGGUACUACAGCAGCACUGGCCGUCGAACCGCCAGAGCGUACGAGAUCAUGAUAACAAGAGGCCAAGCGUUCGGAGACCUGGCGCUGUUGAUGAACUACCAGCGAGCAGCCAAUGUGCGCGCCAUCACCCACGUCGAGAUGUGCGUGCUCAGUCGCGACAACUUCCAGGCAGUCCUCACCAAGUACCCGGACGACCGACGGCGCGUGGUUGUGGACAUGCUCACGUCGUACAUGCAGAGCUACGAGAUGACACACUCGCGCUGUCCACUGCUUGAGCUUGUGCGUAAAGUUUACAGCGCCGAGGCGAUCGCUGAGGCGUGUGCGAAAGCUGGAUCGGCUCCACCAAAACUGGGGGUGACGUGA